AUGGUUCUAGUAAAAAGUGUGAAGGAGGGAAGUUAUCAUAUUGACACAGGUGUCAUCGGGGGUGUUCUUCGUAUGGAACAAUUUCGCCAACUCUAUGAUCUUGUCGAAAAGACAGACCUUGAACGGUCGAAUCUCAGUGCGAAUAUUGUCUCUACUCUCCAGGCAGGCUGUUUCGUUGGCGCCCUCCUCGCGGCCCAAGCCGCUGAUAGGUUCGGCCGUCGACCUGUUCUUAUCUGGGCGGCUGGUGGGAUAUCCGUGAUAGGCGUCAUUCUCCAAGCUGCUGCUUCAGGUCAUCUCGCGGCCAUGUACGAAGCCCCUCCCAUCCAUUCGGCAACAGUGAAUCACCAAGACAGUGCACUGAAGAAUAUGAACAGAUUCGUGUCCGGGUUUGGUACUGGAUUUGCUUCGAUGGUGAAUCCUCUUUAUGUUGCCGAGAAUGCACCGCGCGCUAUUCGAGGGGGUUUGACUGGCAUCUAUCAGCUCUUCAUAGUGUUUGGCAUUUUCCUGGCUUACUGGAUCAAUUACGGUUGCAUUCAGCAUGUUACGGGUACUGCCAGGUACAUGAUUCCUCUUGUCAUCCAAGGGGUUCCGCCGGUCUUGCUUAUGAUUUCGAUGUUCCUGUGCAACGAGUCACCACGCCAUUUGGCCAAGCAGGAUAAAUGGGAAGAGGCCAUCAACGUGCUGUCCAGGAUCCGUGAUCUGCCUCCAGAUCACCCGUACGUGGCAGCAGAGUUCGCUGACAUAAAGUCUUCAAUUGAGGAUGAGAACGCGAUACUCGAUGGGAUGAGCUUCAUGAGUCUGCAAAAAGAAAUGUGGCUGGUACCUGCAAACAGGAAGCGCGCUAUCAUCUCUAUUCUUCUCAUGUUUUUUCAACAGAUGACAGAUGCUCCGCAAAUAUUUGCUACCCUGGGAGUUGAGGGUACGGAGAACGAACUCUUUGCAACCGGCAUCUAUGGCCUUGUGAAGCUGAUUGCGGUACUGGUUUUCCUCAUCUUCGUCGCCGACUCACUGGGACGUCGCAAGUCUCUGCUUUGGACAGGCAUUGGCCAAGCACUCACCAUGCUAUACGUCGGUGUUUUCGUCGCUGUGGCAAAGCCACAGGAUCAAGAGGGGGGCCAGGUUACACCUGCUGGGUAUGUUGCUCUUGUAUGCGUUUUCCUGUUCGCAUGCAUGUUUCAAUUCGGUUGGGGCCCUUGCUGUUGGAUUUAUGUGUCCGAGAUUGCGACCACUCGCCUCCGUGCUACAAACGUCUCCUUUGCCGCGGCAACACAAUGGCUCUUCAACUUUGUCGUCUCGCGCGCGGUUCCUCCGAUGCUGGAAACCAUGGGCACUGGUGGGUUUGGCACCUACAUUUUCUUCUGCGGCUGGUGUCUCGUCAUGACGGCUUUCGUAUGGUUCUUCGUCCCCGAAACCAAAGGCCUUUCUUUGGAAGCUAUGAAUCACCUUUUUGGCUUCCAAGAGGACAUUCAAAACAAGCGCAUCGACAUGGAAAGUGCUUCAGUUAAGAAUGAGCUUCAGCAUGGUGGUGAGUGCCAGGCUCAGCAAAGCGGCAACUCUGUACACAGGGUCUGA